CGUACCUUGACAUUGCUGCCUACUCGAAAUUCUAGUUAUCCUCUACCUCGUUACGAUAUAAGAGAGUGGAUUUAUUAUGGCGGAGGUUGUCAACGUUCUUGUAGCCUUUGCGGUCAUCGUCAUCUUGUUUCGUUGGGUAACGUCCAGCAAAGAGUCUCCAAAUGAGAGGUCGGCGGCCAGUACGCUGGGGUUCCGCCCGCGAAAUAUCACUGAGCAAAUGGUAGACACCGUUCAGGGCAUGUUUCCUGACAUACCGAGAGACAAUAUAAAGUACGAUCUACUCCGUACGGGAAGCGUCGAUCAGACAGCAAACAAGAUCCUCGAACGGGGGUUCUUAGAUGCGCCUCCCGCCGCCUACUACACCCUCUACCCCAGCACAGAACAAGCCCCGCCCGCGCGACCCGCUCCUGCGCCAGCGGGCAGCUCAACGGCGACGACGAAGCCUAAAUCAGAUAACCUCAUCAAGCGCUUCCACCUUGAGGAGAAGGUGCAGCAGCCGGUGCAGAUAUCCGAAGCGGAGGUCGCGGGGAAGGCGGUGUGGGAGGACACGCCGGAGAAGCGGGAGGCGAGUCUGCAGGAGCGGAAAGCGAAGAUGAUUUUGGCGGCGCGGCAACGUUUGCUAGCUCAACAGCAGCAGGCGGCACCCCGUUCGGCUGGAGGUUCAUGACGCUCCAUGACCCCCGUAAUGUCUAUCUUUCUCGGUACCCAUGAGGAAAGAAUCGGCAGACAGGAGAAAUCUACUGGCGUCAAGGUCAUUGUAUGUAGCUGAGCAUUUACUCGUAUUCUGCCGCCCAUUCGCGAAGGUAUCACUGCUGCACAAACUGGCAGACCAUCAGGAUGCGAGGAUGCGGCCCUUUAGACGGCCAUUUGCAUAAUUUACG